UCGUCCCGCUCGCACAAUUGAAGAGGAGCAUCCAAGAAGAGGACCAUGGCUUCGAGAUACGACCGCGCGAUCACCGUCUUCUCGCCGGAUGGGCACCUCUUCCAGGUCGAGUACGCCAUGGAGGCUGUCAAGAAGGGCGCGAUCGUCGUCGGCGUCCGCGGCGCGGACGUGGUCGUCUUGGCCGUCGAGCGCAAGGAGACCGCCAAGCUCCAGGACCCGCGCACUGUGCGCAAGAUCUGCAAAGUUGACGACCACAUUACGCUGGCCUUUGCCGGCCUCACGGCCGAUGCGCGCGUGCUGAUCAACAAGGCGCGCCUCGAGUGCCAGAGCUACCGCUUGACGGUCGAAGACGCGCCGUCUGUCGAGUACGUAGCUCGCUACGUUGCCAAGGUCCAGCAACGCUACACACAGCGGGGUGGUGUUCGCCCAUUUGGCAUUUCGAUGCUCAUUGCGGGCUGCGACACGAAGGGCGUGCCCCAGCUCUACCAGACGGACCCGUCGGGCACGUUCACGGCGUGGAAGGCCAACGCCACGGGCCGCAACGAGAAGUCCACGCGCGAAUUUCUCGAAAAGAACUACGUCCAGGACAUGAACGAGGAAGGCGCGAUCCGCUUGGCCAUCAAGGCGCUUCUCGAAGUCGUCGAGGCUGGCAGCAAGAACAUUGAAGUUGCGGUCGUGCGCCGGGGUGGCAUCGUCUCGACGGUCGAAGAUGCCACGGUCGAGGUCGUGUGUGCGUCGAUCGAGAAGGAGAAGGAGGACGCGCGCCUCGGUGCUGAGAGCAAGUCGUCGUCAUAAGUGCAUUGCAAGGUGAAGGUCGCUGGCGACAACCCGACAGCGGCUUGCAUCACGCAUCGAUCGUUCUGUAAUGGAUCGUAAUGAAGACACAUUUGGCAUGAUCCUCGCCGAG